AACCUCAAAACACGAAAAAAUUAAAUUAAUACAUAUUAUUAUUAUUAUUAAAAAUGGUUAUUGCUAUAGGUUUUGAAGGUAGUGCAAAUAAAUUAGGUAUAGGAAUAAUUAGAAACGAUGAAGUUUUAUCGAACAUUCGAAGAACUUAUAUUACCCCACCGGGGCAAGGUUUUCUACCUAAAGAAACGGCGAUUCAUCAUCGCGAGAACGUUUUGGAAGUCUUAAAAGAAGCCAUCGAUAAAUCAGGAGUAAAAGUCGAAGAUAUUGAUGUGGUAUGUUACACAAAAGGACCUGGAAUGGGAGCUCCUUUAAAUACCGUUGCAAUAGUAGCUCGAACGGUAUCUUUAUUAUGGAAGAAACCACUUUUAGGUGUAAAUCAUUGUAUUGGACAUAUUGAAAUGGGUCGUUUAAUAACAGGUGCUAAAAAUCCAACAGUUUUAUAUGUAAGUGGUGGAAAUACCCAAAUUAUAGCAUAUUCGCGUAAAAAAUAUAGGAUAUUUGGUGAAACCAUUGAUAUAGCAGUUGGAAAUUGUUUGGAUCGUUUCGCAAGGGUUAUAAAGCUUUCAAAUGAUCCAAGUCCGGGUUAUAACAUCGAACAAUUAGCUAAGAAGGGCGAAAAAUACGCUCACUUACCUUAUUGUGUAAAAGGCAUGGACGUCAGUUUUUCAGGAAUUUUAACUUACAUAGAAGAAAAAAUCGAUUUUCUUUUAAAACAAGGUUACUCUGAAGCAGAUUUAUGUUAUUCGCUACAAGAAACCGUUUUUGCUAUGUUAGUUGAAACCACAGAAAGAGCGAUGGCUCAUUGUGGUUCUAGUGAAGUCUUAAUUGUUGGCGGUGUUGGAUGCAAUGAACGAUUACAGGAAAUGAUGAAUCAAAUGUGUAUUGAGAGAGGAUCCAAAUUGUUCGCAACAGAUGAACGUUUUUGUAUUGAUAAUGGAAUUAUGAUUGCCCAUGCUGGAGCUGAAAUGUUUAAAAGUGGUACUAGAAUGAAAUGGGAAGAUUGUACAAUUACCCAAAGGUUUAGAACUGAUGAUGUUGAUGUAACUUGGAGAGAUGAUUAAAUUUAAAUGUUAUUUUGA